CCGCAAGUACGAAGAUUUGCCUGUCAAUGCUCAAAAGUACGUUGAGUUGAUAGAGAAGGAGCUCGGUGUUCCAGUCGAAUGGAUUGGUGUUGGUGUUAGCCGCGAUGCUAUGAUUCACAAGCCUACCCAAUAGAUCUUCUGUACACUAAAUUACACUAAAUCAGUUGCCCCCAUAAAUUUUUCAUUACUUCCAAGCGCAAAGUCACAAUUUUUUCUUUUUGGUUUCCGUCCCAGGCCAAAUUAUAUUGCACCCAUCUUCACUGCCAUGAACGGGAAUACAAGCAAGAAGAAUCGCAAUUCUAGCCAAAUGCGAAACAAGGCGCUGCCUGUGGCGAAUCAGCCGCCAGCGCAUAAUCCAUUUACUCCAUCUCUUGAUGUGAUCCCUGCACUAACCCGAGACAAAAAUGCCAAGUCCAAUAGUAAGCAAAAGCCCAAAGUUAUGCUGGGAAUGCCGGACAUUCCUGUGGACGAGCAUCUCGACAAUGAUGCUUAUGCAACCAAGAUUGGUGGUGCUCCUAUUUGGCUAAUCGACCACCAGCACCCUGAUAGCGAUAUCCAAAUCUGUGGUAGUUGUCAAAAUCCAAUGUACCUGAUCUUUCAGGGCUAUGUACCAUUAGAAAACUCAAUUUAUCACCGAGCCAUGUAUGUGUGGGCAUGCAACCGUCGUAUAUGCAUUAAGAAGCCUGGCAGCAUAAAGGCACUGCGCGCGCAUCUUGUAGAUCCAGAGUAUUUGAAGCAACAACAGAAAAAAGAAGCUGCGAGAAUCCAAAAGGAGGAACAACUAAAAGCUGCGCAAAAGAGAAAUGCCUUUGUUGCAUCGCCCAAUGGUUCACCGUUCCAGUUGGGAGACUUAUGGUCGUCGUCCAACGAAGCAAAGAGUAGUGCUGUAGAGGAAGAGCCUGAGGAAGACGAAGACGAGGAAGAAGAAAUGGAAGAAGAAUCGAAACAAAGCUACAGUCAAGCCGCAUCUUCAAAAAGAAAGCCAUUUGACCUCAAUCAUCGCUUUGCCGAGAGCUUGACCAUACAGGAAGAGGAUGAGGAGGAGGAGGAGGAGGAAGAAGAAGAAAUGGAACAUGAUGAUGUCGCUCACGAUGAAGGCUUCGUCUGUCAGAUGAAGUUUCCUGGCCAUUAUUUGUAUAUAUCUGAAGAAGAGAUUGCUGAAACCUAUGACUCACUUGGACUCGACAUGUCAAAAUAUCAAAAAUACCUCGACUUACAACAACAAUCCGAAGAUGCCGUUGACGACUCUGAGGAGGGUAUUUCAUGGGCUGGAGAAACCUAUGAAAAACAGGAUGUACCACGUGGAUUUGAUAAAGCUUUCAAGAAGUUUACCGAACGUGUAGGAGCUUGGCCAGAACAAUGUGUUCGCUAUGAAUUUGGUGGAUCCCCUCUUCUGUUUUCCAAUUCAGACCAGGCCGCUAAAUCUUUGAUCGUAUCGUCAUCAGAUGGCUAUGGCGUUUAUAGCAACUCACAGCUACCGACUUGCCCUCACUGUGGAUCCAAGCGUACAUUUGAAUUUCAAUUGAUGCCUCAUAUGCUGAGCCUUUUAUCGGUAACGGAGCAUGCCAUGAUAGAAGAGCAGACGUUAGACAAGACCGGAAAGGAUCAGUGGAACGUCGGAAUGGAGUUCGGAACGGUUAUGAUAUUUGUUUGCGAAAACGACUGCAACGGCUCAACAUCCGCUGAUGUGGAAGAUCAAGUUACAUACUUCGAAGAGCACGUUAUUGCUCAGUUUGAAUUAGACUAAGCCGACACCACUGCAUUUAUAAGGAACAAUUGCAUCCCUUUCCCAAUAAAAAGAAAUUGUCAAAGCACAUCUUUCCAAUACGGACACUUUCGAACAUGU